AGCUGUGGAGGGUAGAGGAGGGCACGGAGGCCGAUGAAGACGCUCGGGCCGAUAGUGUAGUACUUUCUCAAGUCGAUGUGACGCCAUUCGAUUGCGUUGGGUGGAGGGACCAUCGAGUUGGCUUAGAAAUAUUCAUAGAAAUGUGAGGGGAGAACGAAGGCAGAGACUGCAGGAUGUCAUUCAUGCAGGCAAUGCUCUGAAAGUAGCACUGGAUUUUGGCUUUGAUGACACAAUGAGUGAAAAGGAGCUUCGUACUUUGAGUAAUCAAGUAAGAGAAGUCUACAGCAGCAGUCUAAGGGCCGAAGACCCGUUUCAUCUGCUUUUCACAAACUACAGCAGAACGAGUCUCCUACACUCACUACUAUGUCGUACCAUGAACGAGGAUCCAUUUUGUUUACCAAUCGAUAUGAGGGAGGAAAAGGUGACACGUCUCUUUCCAAGAGAGGACAUUGUGUUUCUUACUCCUGAUGCUGUAACAGCACUAGAGACUCUGGAUAAGACGAAAGUCUAUGUGCUUGGUGCAGUCGCCGAUAAAACUGUUAAAAAGAGGUUAACUCUUGAUGCGGCUGAGGGAAGUGGAAUUGCUGCACGGAGAUUACCAAUCAAGGAAUAUUUACACCAGACGAAACCAUCAUACACAGCCACCAUGACUAUCAAUCAAGUAUUCGACAUCCUGCUAAUGUACCAAACAACCGGAGAUUGGACGGCAUCACUUCUAUCCGCAAUCCCACCGAGGAAAGGAUUUAUUGCAAGAGACGAAGACAGACAAACAUAUAACAAGUAAUAGCAAUCACAGUGUCAA